AAAAAAAAAAUCCUCCAAUUGGUAGAAAAAAUACAUUGUUUUAUUUAUUAUAAACAUGAAAAUGGAGAAGCCAAAGAAAUGAAUGCUCCGAUGAAAUAAACAUUCCAUUUCAGUUUCUUGAAACAAAAUGGCACCAAGAAGAAGAGGAAGACCACCAAAGCCUCGUGAUUCUCGAAUGGAUGCAGCCAUUGAUGCAAUGAAGCCUUUUGGGUUCACUGAAGAACUGGUCACUGCUAAAAUGCGCCAGCUUCUUAAGGAAUAUGAGGGGGAAUACAUGUUUAUUGAAGCAGAUGCUUAUAGUGUGCUUUUGGAAUGCCUUAUUUCCAACCCAAACAUUGAACACAACCACCAACAAAUCCAACAAGAAGUUGUUACUGGAGAGACAUCAAAUUCGGUGAUUGUGGAAAGCAAAGAAGUGAAAGAUGAUCAUGCAAUUGUGGUCACUAAUGAGUUUGUUGACAUUCCGGUAUGCUCUUCCGCCACUCAUACCGUUCUCCCACCACCACCUUCCUCGCCUCCACCGCUACCUCCACCGCCGCCUUCCUCACCUCCACCGCCAGUUUCGGAUGUGGUUUUACCGCCUCCGCCUUAUUUCUUACCCGAGGGCUUUCCACCGCGUGAAAAUGUGCAACCCAGAAGGCGAAAACCAUGUUAUGGUUGGAUAUGUGAUGACGGGGAUGAUGAUGAAGAGGUGCGGUUUAUAAUAUUACCAUCGUCAUUUAACAGACAGAUUUCACCACCAAAAUCGCCACCAGCAGAACCCGAAAAGCCACAAGAGGUGACCGGUGGGAGAACGAAUCGACUGAGAGGCCGGCGAUCAAGGUGGGAUUUGAGGCCUGAAGAUAUGUAGUUAUGGUUUAUGUCAUUUUAAACUAUAGUCUAGAUUUAUAUUAUCUUGACCUAUCAAACAGUUUUAAGUGCAUUCACAAUUGACUAGAAAAUGUUUAAGGUUAUAUUAUUAUAAAUAUUAUCUAAUAGGAAGGUGUAUACAUC